AUGGGUUGUGAAGAUGUUGCAGACCCCUUCCCCAUUAGGAGUAGGCUUAAUCAGAGAGAGGAUGUGGACACAGAGCUUGCCUGUACCCCCUGCCCCACAACCCCUAUUGUGGCUGCAGAUGUGGUGCAGGUGUCCUCCAAAGCGCAGAGGCAGCAAAUGUCCAACAGCAGCUCCCUCAAUGAGUUCCUUCUCCUGGACUUUGCGGACAGGCGGGAGCUGCAGCUCUUCCACUUCUUGCUCUUCCUGGGCAUCUACCUGGCUGCCCUCCUGGCUCUGGAUCUGGUGAUGUCCAUUCUGUACUCAGUGGUGCCUCCAGCAGUGAACCCCCUCAUCUACAGCAUGAGGAACAAGGAGCUCAAGGAGUCCCCCAAAGACCAGAGGAAGCAAAUGUCCAAUAGCAGCUUCCUCAAUGAGUUCCUGCUCCUGGAGUUUGCGGACAGGCGGGAGCUGCAGCUCUUGCACUUCUCGCUCUUCCUGGGCAUCUACCUGGCUGCCCUGCUGAGCAAUGGCCUCAUCAUCACAGCCCUGCACUACGGGACCCUGAUGGGCAGCAGAGCUUGUGCCAAAAUGGCAGCCGCUGCCUGGGGCAGCGGUUUUCUCUAUGCUCUCCUGCACACUGGGAACACAUUUUCAAUACCACUCUGCCAAGGCAACACCGUGGACCAGUUCUUCUGUGAGAUCCCCCAGCUCCUCAAGCUCUCCUGCUCAGACUCCUACCUCAGGGAAGCUGGCCUGGUUGUGGCUAGUGUUUGUUUAGUCUUUGGGUGUUUCGUUUUCAUUGUGGUGUCCUACGUGCAGAUCUUCACAGUUGUGCUGAGGAUCCCCUCUGAGCAGGGCCGGCACAAAGCCUUUUCCAUGUGCCUCCCGCACCUGGCCGUGGUCUCCCUGUUUGUCAGCACUGACAUGGUUGCCUACCUGAAGCCCCCCUCCAUCUCCUCUCCAGCUCUGGAUCUGGUGGUGACUGUUCUCUAUGCGGUGGUGCCUCCAGAAGUGAGUGGCCACCCAGACAAGGUGAAUUAUUAUCCCCCUCGUCUCAGCACUGGUGUGGACAUAUCUAGAAUAGGGUGUCCCAGUGUGGGAUGCCCUGUGGUGGAGGAAUGGGGAGGAACUGGAGAGGGUCCAGAGGAGGUCUGCGAAGAUGAGGUUAGGGGUCUAAAGGACAAGGCCUCUAUGGAGAGGCUGCAGGACCUGGGCUUCUUUAGCCUGGUGAAGGGGAGGCUGAGGGCAGUAGAGGAGGAGUCUGUGACUGCUUGA